AGGGCUCCAGAGAUCAUCCUGGGGCUGCCGUUCUUUGAGGCCAUAGACAUGUGGUCCCUGGGCUGUGUGAUAGCGGAGCUCUUCCUGGGAUGGCCCCUCUACCCCGGAGCCUCAGAGUACGAUCAGAUCCGAUACAUCUCACAGACACAGGGUCUGCCUGCGGAGUAUCUGUUGAGUGCGGGGACAAAGACCACCAGGUUCUUCAACAGAGACCCCGACUCCACCUAUCCUCUCUGGAGACUUAAGAUUCAAGAGGACCACGAGGGUGAAACGGGGAUCAAGUCCAAGGAGGCUCGCAAGUACAUCUUCAACUGUUUGGAUGAUAUGGCGCAGGUGAACAUGACGUCGGACCUUGAGGGGAGCGAAAUGCUGGCGGAGAAGGCUGACAGGAGGGAGUUCAUCGACUUGUUAACCAAGAUGCUAACCAUCGACGCGGACAAGAGGAUCACUCCUAUCGAAACGCUCAACCACCCCUUUGUCACCAUGACGCACCUCCUCGAUUUCCCCCACAGCACACAUGUGAAGUCGUGCUUCCAAAACAUGGAGAUCUGUAAGCGUCGCAUCAACAUGUACGACGCGGUCAACCAGAGCAAGACGCCAUUUAUCACCCACCUGGCCCCCAGCACCUCCACCAACCUCACCAUGACCUUCAACAACCAGCUGAACACUGUGCACAGCCAGGCCACCAACCUGGUUCCUUCCUCCACCAACAAUGCCACCCUUUCCUUUGCAAGUCCUGAUGUCUCCAUACUAAACUACCAAUCUGCACUCUACCAGCCCUCCGCUGCCUCCAUGGCGGCCGUGGCCCAGAGGAGCAUGCCCCUGCAGCCGGGGGGGCCUCAGCUCUGCAACGCCCGGCCCGACCCCUUCCAGCAGGCGCUCAUCGUCUGUCCACCUGGCUUCCAAGGGCUGCAGGCGUCCCCUUCCAAGCACACCAGUUACUCUGUGCGGAUGGAGAAUGCUGUUCCCAUAGUGACGCAGGCCCCUGGUGCCCAGCCUCUGCAGAUCCAACCUGGCCUGCUGACACAGGUAGGAAAAGUAUCACAGUGGAGAACUAAUAGAGUGUUUUGGCCAUGAAGAAUAACAGUGCCUGUCCGCUUUGGAGCCCACAUUCAAACAAAGCUCCCUGCAUCCUUUUCUCUUUUUUUCAUAACCCUCACUAAGAAUAGUUAUAUCGAUGGAGGCUGGAAAUCACUCAAUGUUCGUGACCCUGCACUUGCUAGCAGCAGUUUUUUUUUUCCUGAGCUCAUUCAGGCCAAGCUCUCCUGUGCAUUGCUC